AUGGACUGCAAAUGGGAAGACCCAGAGUGUUUACAGGAUGAAGGAACAGACCCGCCCCCACUUCCGGGAAACUUGGCAGAAAUAAACCAGCCAAGUAUCAUGAUACCCUUCUGGUUGAGCUACGACUCUUGGUUCCAGACACACGGCAUCCUGCUGUACCCGCUGAGUCGGCGAUGGUUCCCUCCAGAGGAUCAGCCCCAAGACCCCGUGUUGCCAUUCGCUCAUCGUCUCUCUUGGAAGGGAGAGAAAAUACAUGGGCUCGGACUACAAACUAGGUUCGGUUACGGACAGGAUUUGUCCGGCCGCGACGUGUUUAUCAAGAUCAUAGAGAAAGGCUCUGUCGAGCACGCUAUCAACAGUUACCUCCUCGAGAACGGCGACUUGUUCCAAGGAGACCAAUUCCCAUCCGUUCUACCACCCAUUGCGGUUCUCGAUUCCCCGUACCAUUUUUCCUUCCUCGUGAUGCCACUCUGGAACUCGAGCAUCCAAAUCCAGGACAACUUCGUGACGGUGCGCGAUGUGAUGAAGCUAGUGAGAUGUCUCCUCAUGGGUUUAACAUUCCUCCACGACCAUAGAAUAGCUCAUCGGGACAUCAACCACACCAACGUGCUAAUGAACUGCUACUCUCCAGCACUGGACGACUAUUGGGCGCGCGAUAUGCUUCGCGACCACAUACAAACGUCGGGCCGCGUCGAAUACGCCUUGUUUGACUUCAACCUAUCGGUCCAGUUCCCGGCAGAUCUCGACAUUCGUACCGCCCGUCUCCCGUCGCGCGAAGCAUGGUGUGGAGCUCUCAUGUUCCAUCCGACCGACGCCACGAUGGGUCAGCCCGAGUAUAAUCCCUUCCCGUUCGACGUUGCCUGCCUGGGCAAUCUGCUCUUGUAUCAUUUCUCCAGCGUCGUGCCCGUCGUACCCCCCCUCGCACCCUUAUUCGCACGAAUGACGACGCACGUCAUUGGACAGCGGUUCACAGCGUCCGAAGCGCUCGUUUUCUACGACGAGCACUUAGGACAUCUCUCCGAGGAAGUUUUGAAGACCAGCAUAGUGGCCAAACCCAGCUUCGACCCGCUGAACGACCCCGACUUGUACUGGAGGCAGCUUGGGACCGGGGACCGGGAGCGAUGGAGUGGACGUCGUAGCGCUACGGCUACUCCUAUCCCUCGCACCACCUGGCGUCCUCAGGAUGAAGUGAACCUUAGCCUGAAGCCGAGCAAGAAACCAUGGGUCAAGCUCAUUUCCUACGUCAACGACGAGUUCAAGGCGGGCCGUGUGGUGCAGGUCUUCGAUGCCAAACAAGUUCCCCCGAGCCCAACCGAGUAUGCGAACCAGACCAAAGUGUGGCAGCGCACCGACGCUGACACUCAGUAUCGAAUCCGGAAACGUUUCCGGGAACGGUCCUACCAACUAGUACAAUCGCCCUCUAUUGGCACCAGUGCUGUGAUACCGCAUGCGAGGCUCCGGACGGCCCCCGGCGGUCCAGCUGGCCCAGAAGUGUAUAACCGCUUCGGUGCUGGAUUUGUGUAUUAUUUGUCGGAGAGAACAUCCUUGAAGUUCGGAGACCUUACUCUGAAUGUUCCGGUGGACACCGGAGUUACCAUCGCUUUCCUCACGUCUGGCGCGGGCGGUCCUAAACAUAUACUGCCGUCUGGGAUGACGAACACCAAGCACGCGUGUUACGUCAUCAACUACAUCGUGCAGGUCGAAACUUGGCACUACGUCCCCUGUGCCAACGGCCAGAGUUUCGCGAACUUGGAAGAGAUCACGGACGACGGCGUUCUGAAGAAGAUCCAAAGGAAAACGCUGGCGCCGCCAGUGAUAGUCUCGGCGGAGAAGCUGAACCCCGAUCAGCGUGCUGGGGAAGACCCGGUGUUGAUAGAGGAGAAGGAUUAGCGUGUUUUGACCAAACUGUGGGUCUCAUUGCAGCGGAUGCUGCACAGGGUCCUUGGUUUUUUUGUGCGAAUAAUCUGCGUCGACGUGGUGGUGCCCGGGGCAACAGAGUAGUCGCACCUGAUAUGUGACGCCUUAC